AUGUUUCUAGGAGUUUUGGGAUACUUGGCAACUGGCAAUGGUCCUAACGAUAUCAAAGGUAAGUAUGGAAUACUUGAUCAACGAAUGGCUCUUGGUUGGGUCAAAGAGAACAUCAAUGCAUUUGGUGGUGAUCCCAAUCAGAUUACACUAUUCGGACAAAGUUCUGGUGCGCAAUCAACUGCUCUUCAUUAUGUAACUAGUGAAAUGCAACCUUUUUUUCAACGAGCAAUUAUCCAAAGUUCUCCAAUGACUGUUCCUUUCAGAACAUACUUAGGCAAUGUGGCACUGACGGUUCUUCUUGCUGAACAAUUGCACUGUUCUCCGAACAAUUUUACUUGUUUUCGCUCUCGAUCAGCUGGUGAAAUCAUUACUGCUCAAGCACAAGUUAAUCAAAAGAUCACUUCGUUGAAUCCAUUGUCCUUCUUCGAACCAUGGUUACCAGUGAUUGAUAAUGACAUUGUUCAUGGAUCGCUUGUUAACAUAAUUCAGAAUGUCUCAUUUCCAUUGAAACCAUUAAUUAUUGGUACAGUAACAGAUGAAUGUUAUGAUAUGGUACAUGUCGCAUGGAAUAAAAGUGUAACAAUCAGUGAAUACACUGCAUUGGCUAUUGGUCUCUUUGGAGAAAAAGCACUAAAAAUUCUAGAACAUUAUCCACCACUUAGUUCAGAUGAUCAACGACCAAAUAUUGUUCGUAUUGCGACAGAAUGGAUCUUUACUUGUUCCACUCGUCUUUUCGCUCGAAAAGCUGCAUCAUAUUCGUAUGUAUUCGGUUAUCCAUACAAUAAAGUCAAUACAUUGAAUUGUCCUGAUCAUGCUUGUCACGGUGAUGAAGUAGCUUAUGUCUUCCAAUCGUUUUGGCAACGUUUCACUGACAUUGGUCGAUACAUAUCGCAAGGCAUGGGUACUUAUUGGACAAACUUUGCUAAAAGUCAAAACCCAAAUGAUCCAUCGAGUGUACCUUUAGCAUGGCCAAAGUACACAGAUGGAAAUGAAACAUAUCUGUUCAUUGAAAAUCCAUUUCAACUAGGAAACAGCUAUGUGAAAGAUGAUUGCGAUUUCUGGGACCAAAUCGGCUAUAAAUAG